UUUUUUUUCCCGGUGUACUGGGUGAGCAUGAACUCGCCGAGGGUUUCCCGGCCGGAAACCUUAGUCAAGGUCUCGCCAGCUUUCCAACGCAGGUUGUUGCUGCGCUCUCGCUCGCACCAGCUGCUGGUGGGUGUUCGGCCAACCGCCAUCUCUGUCGCACCGCCGUCGUUGGCGAGCGAAGCUUUUAUUGUAUAUUUCAUCUUUCGCGCUCUUUUCCCUGCCAUUUCUGCUUCUUUGGGGCAGCGGCACCUAGAGCGGGAGCGGGAGCGGGAGAGGAGCGUGAGUGGAGCGUUAGCUUUCCGGGCAGCUGAUUCGCGCUCGGCUCGGCUCUCCGCUGCCGCUGCCGCCGUCGCUGCUCCGCUCGUCGUCUGGCUGAUUAGUUUAGUUUGUGAUUUCAAUAUAUGUAAUUAAUUUUUGUUUCUGUAGCGGUACGGACGGACGCGUCGCGACGUUCGCUUGGUCCGCUUGGUGUUCGUUCGGUUCGCUUGGAGCUUGGAGUUCGAAUUCGGUUCGCCAGCCGUUGCUGUUUCGUAUUUAUUAUUAUUUUUUAUUUUUUUUAUGAGCAUAUUCGUAUUUCGCAUUUGUAUCUGAAUGUUUCUUUGGCUCUGCGUACGUGUGUGAGCGAUUGUGCGAGUUUCCUUCUCUUUCAACUUGCCUUUUUCGUGGUCGCCGCCGCUGCUAAAAUGCAAAGAACACGCUCGAGCAACGUAAAUGGCGCCGCGCUAACGAAUGGAAUUGGAAUAUCAAACAGUGCCCCCCAGAUCCCCAUAUAAAAGUUGGAAAAAAAAAAUAAUAAAAAACAAAACGAGGAAUUAAAACCGAAAUACAACAGGCAACAAACAAACUUCGUUUUGACAACCCCCCCGCCUUUUUUUGUUUGCGUGUGUGUGUUUUGUGCCAGUGCUUGUGCUUUAGUGUUAAAAAAAAAAAGUUCGAAACAACAAACCAAAAACGCGCACGAGAGGAAAUACUAUCAAGAAGCAACAACAAAUAAACACUUGCUGGAAGCUGAAUGGCUAAGCAACAACUCAAAUUAAAGCUACAACAAAGUGAAACAAAAUACCUCCAGCUGUACAAAUAUUGAUUGAUAUUGAACAAGUUAAAAAGAAACAAAUGCACAAAUUUAAAGCAAAAGAAUGGGGAAAUUAAAACAAAGAGCAGUCGGAGAUGACUAACUAAUGAAUAUGUAAACUAAACUUGUUUCCCCCCAACCCGUCCAACUGAAAUCCGACAAAAAAUACUAAGUGUGUUUCAAAAAUGUUUGAACAAAUACGAUAGAAAAUACCGUUAGGUGGCGGUAGUGUAACUGUUACACCGUAAAAAUACCAAGUGAAUUUAAUUAGGUGCAAGAAAAUACUGAAAUCUAGUAACUGGUUGUUAAUAUUUUCGUUUUUUUUCAAAGAAUAACAAAGGUACAAAGAAUUACGAAGAAAUAUUAAAGAAACACAAAUAACCGAGAAGAUAAUAAAGCAAAUUGCAACUGCAGGACAGCAACAACAACAGAGCAAAACAAAGUAAUACAAAAUAUAUAAUUCACCAAUAUUACACCAACAACAAGCAGACAGAGCGAGACGGAUAGAGGCGUAAACAAACUGCACAAGCAAGUGCGAGCGAGAGGGCGUGCGUGAGAGCUUGCCGAAAGAGCGCAAGAAAGAGAGAAAGGGGGCGAGAGAAAGAGAGAGCGAAAGCUUCAUGCAGAAAAACAAGAAACAGCACAAAACAUCUGGAGAACAUGGAGGGUGCCAGUCGCAGCAGGAACUCCUCCACGAGCCACAGUCAAGGUCGCGGCCAGGACAUUGAGGAUCUCAAGCAAGACAUUCCCUACUUUGACGAACCGCCGGCGCUCGAUGCCGAUCUGCUUGUGCUGGGCAAGAGCGAAUGCCAGCUGGACGAGCUGGCCUGGGAUCGCGAUGCGGAUGUGGAUGCGGAUGCGCCGCUAGAGACGGCACCAGCCGUCGAUCUCGAGGAGGAUAACUAUCCGGAUGAGAACGAGAGCUCGGUGCUGGGCAGCGACUAUGCGCCCAGUGGGAGUGGCAGUGGUGCGAACAGUUUCUACCAAUCGCCGACGCCCUCUGCCACCGGAUCUGGUUGCGAUCUGAUGCUCCGACCGCCAUCGAAUUCCAUGUACCAUUUCAAUUACCGAUCGCCGGGUAGUCCAAUGCCUGGGGCACCAGGAGUGGCCAACUCACGAGGUCUGCAUCCGUAUGCACAUUCCCCGGCGCAUGGCAAUCCGCCUGGCUUCUAUCCGAAUAUGUGGUAUCCGAAUGCACCGUACGGAUCGGCAGGAGCGGCAGGAUCCGCCGGAGGAGCCGUGUCCGGUGGCAGGUACAUGGGCUAUGGACCGGGCGGAGUGCCAGGAGGAGCCAGUUCGGGUCCGGGUGCGGGUCCUGGAGCAAUGCAAGCGGCGUACCCCGGACACUCGGCCCACAUGCAUGCGCUGCAUCAUCAAUAUCCGCAGCCACAUCCGCACGCACACCACCCGCAGCAUCCGCAUCAUUCACCACAUCCGCACCACCCGCAUCCGCACGAGACCAUGAUGGAGAUGUUUCAGCUCUCGAAUAGUGGUCGGGAGGCGCGAAACCGAGCGGAAAAGAACCGGCGGGACAAACUGAACGGAUCCAUCCAGGAACUAUCCACAAUGGUGCCCCACGUGGCGGAGUCGCCACGUCGAGUGGACAAAACAGCCGUUCUGCGCUUCGCCGCCCAUGCAUUGCGAUUGAAGCAUGCCUUUGGCAACAGUCUGAUGCAGCAGCGACCACAGAUCACGGACACCCUGAUGGACAUGCUGGACAGCUUCUUUCUCACACUCACCUGCCAUGGCCACAUACUGCUGAUCUCGGCCAGCAUUGAGCAGCAUCUGGGCCACUGUCAGUCGGAUCUGUAUGGUCAGAGCAUAAUGCAGAUCACACAUCCCGAGGACCAGAACAUGCUCAAGCAGCAGCUGAUACCCACCGAGCUGGAGAACCUCUUCGACGCCCAUGGCGAUUCGGAUGCGGAAGGUGAGCCCCGCCAGCGGAGCAAAGCCGAGGAGGACGCCAUCGAUCGCAAGUUGCGCGAGGAUAGACGCAGUUUUCGCGUGAGAUUGGCUCGUGCGGGUCCCAGAUCGGAGCCCACCGCCUACGAAGUGGUCAAGAUCGAUGGCUGCUUUCGGCGUAGUGACGAAGCACCGCGCGGCAUACGCUCCAAUCAUUUCAGCUCCAAUCUGCAGUUAAUCAGGCGGACACGCGGUCGUGACGAUGUCAUUCCACUGCACACCAUUAGCGGCAAUGAUAUCAUUCUGACUGGCUGCGCCCGGAUCAUCCGUCCGCCGAAGAUCGCCAGUCGGCUGAUCGAUGCCAACACACUGGAGUACAAAACCCGCCACCUGAUCGACGGCAGGAUCAUCGACUGCGACCAGAGGAUUGGAAUCGUGGCCGGCUACAUGACGGAUGAGGUGCGCAAUCUCAGUCCCUUCACCUUCAUGCACAACGACGAUGUGCGCUGGGUGAUCGUGGCCCUGCGUCAAAUGUACGACUGCAAUAGUUCGUAUGGCGAGUCCACUUACCGGCUGUUCACCCGCAACGGGAACAUCAUCUACCUGCAAUCGAAGGGCUAUCUGGAGAUCGACAAGGAGACGAACAAGGUGCACUCCUUUGUCUGCGUGAACACGCUGCUGGGCGAGGAGGAGGGCAAGCGGCGGGUGCAGGAGAUGAAGAAGAAGUUCUCGGUGAUCAUCAACACACAGAUACCGCAGUCGACCGUCGAUGUGCCCGCCUCCGAGCAUCCGGCUCUGCUGGAGAAGGCCGUGCUGCGGCUCAUCCAAAAUCUGCAGAAGUCUGGCGAGAAUGGUGGCCACGAUGACGGCGACGAGGACGAUGAUGCGCAGGAUGACGACGACGACGAUGAGGAUGAUGAUGACGAUCAGGACGAUGGCGGGCGCAGCAUGUCCGAAUUCGGUGAUCCCUAUGGCAGUCAUCACGGCCGAUCGCAUCAUGGUUCCUCCGCUCUAUCCUCUCACGGGCAUGGUAGCGCCAAAACACCACCUCUGGCACUGGUUCCGCCGGAAACGUCCUCCGUCAAGUCGGCGAUUACGAAGAGCAUCAGUGUGGUCAACGUUACGGCGGCCAAGCAUCUGCGUGGUGUCCACGCAUCGGCGGCUGUCAAAUCGCCCAGCUCCUUGGGCAGCUGCACCUGCAGUGAUUCCCAUUCGCCCUGCGACUUCUGCCAGGUUGCACCCACGUCCGAUCUCCAGGCGGUUGGGUCCAAUCUGAAGAGGGGCAGCACCGCUCUGGCGGAAAGCGAGGAGAAGCUGUCCAAGCGGCGCUUUAUACCCAGCACUGAAAUCGAGCACGUGCUGCACACAUCUCUGGACCAAAUCGGGCGCAAUCUUACCCAGCAGCUCAAUGUGGCCAGGAAUUUGCGGGAACAGAGCCAGAGAUACGAGUUGCCCCAUGCCAAUCAGCGAUUCGAUGAGAUCAUGCAGGAGCACCAGAAACAGAGUGAACUGUAUGUGAACAUCAAGAGCGAGUACGAGGUGCAGCUGCAGCACAAGGCCAGCACCCGGAAGUCAACGGAUUCGGAUCGGAAUCAGGAGCAGCAGCCGCCGCUUCAGGAGGACGACCAGGACUAGAGAGAUGGAGAGCGCCCGAUCGGGUCUCGACUGAAGGGUUUCAUCGAUGUGAUAUGUAACUACUGUCCUGGCAGCCAGCUCAAGUCCCAACACACAAAGUGUCCCUAAUUCGUACCAACCAAUAGAACCAAUAAUUCAGGGUUAGUUCUCGUUCGGUCAACUGAUGGGUAAUUGCUGCGGAACAGUUUAGAUACAGAUACAGAUACGGAUAGAUAACCUUUAACCCCAACCUAUGAGUGAGCCUGAGACAAGCAUACUUUAGAUACCCCGCCCACAUGCACACACUCACAUAUAUACAUAUAUAAGUAUAUAUAUAUAUUUAUAUAUAUAUGUACAUAUAUACACUGUUUGUUCAGUUUGUUGUUUUUAACUUCCUGUCCCACGUAGAAGGACUUUUACAUGCAUGUAGAACUAGUUACCGUUAUCGUUACCGUUUCCGUUUCCGAUUUCGUUUAGAAUGUUAGACACAUAUUUAGUAGUUUAAUCCAAUCACAGCUGAUUCUUUUGAACACAACUUGUUAUUUGCUGAUCCCAAUUUUCCAAAACAAAAAGAUGGUAGAACAAAUAUUAAUAGAAAAGAGUCACGUCAAUUUGCAUCGAAAGCGGAAACGGCAACAAACACCCACAAAGGAUGAAGAUAAAGAUAUAAGUAAAGCUUAGCGUAAAUGGGAGGAUUUAAACAAUUAUUAUGCUAAAUGAAAUAUACUAUUAAAAACCUAUGUACCAUACGUUGUGCGUAAUGCCCAAACUAAACGUGAUAAAAGACUGUUACCAACUACAUACACACAUACAUAAUACCGAGAUGGAAACACCCGUAAAUCUAGAACUAAAACCUAAACUUAAAUCGGCAUAGUUUCGCAUGAAAAGGAAAUAUAUAUACAUACAUACAUAUAUAACAAUUAUAUUCAUACGCGCACUAAAAGGAGGCGUGGCAUAGUUUAAUUACAUUUACCGUACGAACACUUUUUAUAGAUGUUUAAUGUUGUUAUGGUUAAGAUAAAUCCGGACGAAUCGAUGGAUUUUGGCCAAGCACGGUGCACUGCAUAUAUGUAGCAAGUGAGCCAAGUACAAUUUACACAAAUGUAUACAUAAUUAGAUGCAUAUAUGGUUCGAUGUAAACUAAUAAAUCGAUGUAAAAGCGUAAAAACGGAAGUUAAGAAACCACACACACACAAACACACACACACACCACCCACAAAAACCAGAAAAAGCUGAGGCGACAAAAAUAUGAGAACUCUGUUAAAUGUUUGUUAUGCAUUUGUUUUUUUUUUAUCUAAAUUAAUAUUAAACUAAUGUAUUAGUGAAUAAACUUGUGUACCUACAUACAAAACAAUGAUAAAGCA